CCACUUUAGAGCAAGCCUCAAAACAUGUGAGUGAUCGAUCAAAUCGGACAGGUCCGCAAAACACUCCACCCCCACCUUAACACUCACUUUUUAUUCUACGAUUUCUCAUCACAUCACGGAAAAGAGCAGAAAUCGGAACCUUGAAGGCUUUCAAUGUGGGGACGACAUGACGCAUCCUGCAACUGACGCGUCGCAUAUCUUCAAACUACCUAGAUACCUAGUCUAAGACAUACAGGGCUAGCCAAUGAAUUGAGCCAUUUUCUAUAUCUUUCCGUGUCUUGGACCUUGGUCUAGGGCAAAACCUGGGAACCUUUCAAUGUUCCUGGCAACUGGAUGAACAAACUACACGGAAAACCAUACGAAAUCGGGUUAGAAGAAUAAGGACACUCAAAAUAUCGAUUUAUACUUAUAUGUCCGUCCCCUCGGCUAUCCAUGAUUAUCUAAGGAUCUUAUGAUCGACUCUUUAUAAAAGUCGAUUCCCGUCUGCUUAUUUCCUUAGAGAGAAGCUUCUUCCAUUCCUCCUGUAUUAUAGUCUCACUACGACCACAACCAAGAUGGAUCAUUUUGACUGGUCGACGCCUUUUCCGGAAGGUGUAAUAUCCUUUCUCGAUACCGACUUGUACAAGUUGACGAUGCAAUGUGCCGUCUUCAAACACUAUCCCGAUGUAUCUGUUUCAUACGCAUUUACCAACCGUACUCCCGAGAAAAAGCUGUCGCGCAAAGCUUUCUCCUGGCUCUGUGAGCAGAUCAGCAAGCUCGGCAAUAUUUCAUUAUCUGACGAUGAACUCCGAUUCUUGCAAUCGCAUUGCAAGUAUCUAUCAACCCCCUAUUUGAACUUUUUAAAAGAGUUCCGGCUCAAGCCACGUGAGCAAUUGAUCCCAAGUUUCUACCCUAUAGGGGCAGACACCGGAGCGGAAGAUGAACUGGGCGACAUCCACAUCGAGGUCCGCGGCAAGUGGGUAGACACUAUCCUCUAUGAGAUCCCGCUUCUCGCCUUGACGUCCGAGGCCUACUUCAAGUUCAUGGACAAGGACUGGAACUAUGACGGGCAAGAGGAUAAGGCAUACGGCAAAGGCAUGCGACUUCUCGAGGCAGGAUGUAUAUUCUCCGAAUUCGGAACCCGUAGACGACGAGAUUAUCACACACAGGCAUUGGUAUUCAGGGGCUUGGUGAAGGCCGGCAAGGAAGCCGAAAAGCGCGGCUUGCCUGGUAAACUCUCCGGCACCAGUAACGUUCAUCUAGCUAUGCGAUUCAAUCUUGCACCUGUUGGAACUGUUGCUCACGAGUGGUUCAUGGGCGUCGCAGCCAUCACGAACGACUACUUAGGAGCAACGGAAGAAGCACUACGACGAUGGAUUGGCUGUUUCGGCGAGGGCGUAUUAGGGAUCGCAUUAACAGACACGUUUGGCACGCCAGAGUUUUUGAGAUCGUUUAGUAAACCUGUCAGAUAUCUUCCGGAUACACCAAAUCUGCCGGUCUCGGAAGAUGGUACCCACCCUACGACUUCAUCACAAUCCUAUGCCGAAGUCUUUAGCGGCGUGCGCCAAGAUUCGGGCGACCCGGCCACUUUUGUUAAAUUGAUGCGCGAGUUCUACGAUAAGAAUGGGAUAGAGGGGAAGAAGACCAUCGUUUUUUCCGACUCACUAGAUAUCGAUAAAUGUAUCGAGUACAAGCGUGUAUCUGAGGAGCAUGGCUUCCAACCGACUUUUGGCGUUGGCACCUACCUGACUAACGACUUCACUCAAAUCACCACCGGGAAGAAAUCAGUACCGCUGAAUAUCGUCAUCAAGCUGAGUUCUGCGGCAGGAAACUCCGCUAUCAAAAUCAGUGAUAACAUAGGAAAGAACACCGGUGAUUCGGCCAAGGUAGCAGAAGUGAAGAAGCUGCUGGGCUAUGUAGAGAAGGAAUGGGCAGGCGGAGACGAAACAUCGAGAUGGGGAAAGCCCGACGAUGUUCAGCCCUAAAGAGAUCACAUGGUGGUACUGAGCGAUGAAUAUUCUUAAACGAGUCAUUAAGUAGAUUGCUAGAUACUAGAAGGUUAUCUAGACAAAUUGGAGGAUUUGCCACCCCCAUGGGGAUACCUGAGUCGCGUUCGCGUUCGCAUUCCAGCUGGCCGCGAGAAUGGGUGGAGCCCUAUAAGCACCUGCCUUGAUAUUUGCAAAUAUUUACAAUGUAGGUGGUCCAGUCAUCAGUCAUGAUUCAAUCGACAUAAG